UGGCAAAAACAAGUCCGGAAUCGCUUGAAUCAAGUUUAUCCUCGAAAUGACCGUCAAGUCCGUCGCGUUGUUGACGACAGUCGUCGCGCUAGCGGCUCUUCAGCUAUGCGAUGCCGGCCUGUUGAAGGAUUUCGGCCGAGGUGCCGAAAACCUCGGCUCGGCCAUCAACAAAGGCGCCGCCAAGGCUGAGGACAAGCUGACCAGUUUGUUCGGCGGUGGCAAGAAGAAAGAGGAGGAGAAGCCCGCGGUGCCCAAGGAAAGCGUCUUGCCACCUGCCGUGUUGUCCAAGUCGCCCUUCUCGGAGAAGAUGUACGAGGACUCGGAUGCGCCCUCGAUCGAGAUCGUGUACAAGUCGGAGGCCGCGAGCACGACGCAGAAGUCAUCGUGGCACGGGGCUGCUGUCAUCACCGACGACACCGAGUUCGAUGACGACCAGGACAGGGUGCCCAAGAACGACGAACAAGAGCGGGAGUCCAUCGUGGGUGCGCCUAGGUGUGCUCCGGGGGAGGUUUACAUUAACCAGGGCUGCAGGACUCUCGAGUAGGAGGAUCGCAUUGCACCGUGCUUUUUGUGGAAAUCUGAUUUUGAGACCUUGAUUGUUGCAUAAGUCGUAGACGAAGAAGAAGGAAAAAGAAUUUGCCGAUGAUGCCGUUAAUAACUGUAGAACGAGAGAGACUGACGCUUACAUAAUUCCAAACAACAUUCGUUCGACCAGUUUUUUUUUUUUUUUUUUUACUCCUCACGAGCGAGACGAGCAUAAUAACACACUUUGCUAACGUUUAUUCGCCGAUUAAUCGCUGAAUCGAAAAUAUUUUCGCUUCGCACAAAUUCAUUGUACACAAAUCGUUUUCUUAUUCAUCAUCGAAAUAGUUGUACGUGCAAAUAGUAUUACCACACUCGAACAACAUUUAUACUUGUUUCUUUCUUUUUGUUUUUUGCAAUUGUUUUGUAAAUUUUUAUAAAAAUAUACACCGAUCCAGCAG